AUAGGAACUAUCGACACCUGUUGCCGUUUUCAAGGCACUAACCGACUUUGUCCAACAUAGCGCAGCGCCCACCAUGUCUGAAUUUAUGCAGACGUUAGAAAAGGCUGCUCAAGCUUUCCGAAAUGAGCCUCAGAACAUUGCCUCAGCAGAAAAACACAAAAAUCAACAUAAAGCUGCUAUUGCUAUUUUAGCCGGUGUCGAUCUGUUUAUGCGAUUUGUAACUAGAAGCUCACACGACUUCUCGUUAUCAGAGGAAGCCGGUAGCUUUGAUGAUUUCAAACAAAAUCUUUUGUCGACAGCAUCACUUAUUUUAGAAAAAGCUUCAUCGGCUCGUGAUAGAGCUGCUCAAGUAGGGGCUCAAUUUAUUCACGAUAACGCUAUCAUUCUAGUUCAAGGUUAUUCGCGUGUCAUCAUGAGUGUGUUAUAUCAUGCCGCUAACGUUCAAAAUAAACGAUUCAAAGUUUAUGUCACAGAAGGACGUCCUCAUAGUGAUGGCAUUCAAGCCGUGGCAGCAUUGAGAAAACAUGGCAUUCCUUGUAGAGCUGUAUUGGAUUCAGCAGUUGGAUAUAUUAUGGAUAAAGUAGAUAUGGUCUUUGUAGGCGCAGAAGGUGUGGUAGAAAAUGGCGGAAUUGUGAACAAAGUGGGUACAUUCCAAAUUGCCUUAGUUGCCAAUGCUUUAGGCAAGCCCGUAUAUGCUGUAGCAGAAAGUUAUAAGUUUGUGCGUGUCUACCCUCUAAAUCAAUAUGAUAUUCCUUCAGAAACACCUGAAAUUGUUACAUUUACGACAAGAAGAAAGUCAUUUAGUGCAACUGGUGAUGCAGAAACUUUGGAUGAGUUAGCGCUGUCAAAUCCUUCCGUAGACUAUACACCACCUCAAUAUAUAACUUUACUACUGACUGAUCUAGGCGUGCUAACUCCCUCUGGCGUAUCCGAUGAAUUAAUCAAACUUUAUGUCUAAAUCACUGUAUAAUAGUACCCACCAAUCCUACAUUUAAAAGUAAAUUUUUGUUUAUAUGUAAUAGGGCUCAAGUAACUGCUUUGACAUUUGAUUUUCUUCUGUAUGAUCAAUGCUUCAUUUAUCUACUUAUUGAGAUUUGUCUAUUACGUCUUAUGCUCUUUUACCAAAGAUCUUUUAAAAAGUGUAAAAAUAUUGUUCUGUCAUGUUGGAUCACUUAGUUGAUAAUGCGUCAAUCUUUUAUACUACAGCAGCUCCCUUUCAACCAUCC